AUGGCGAAUUUUUUGAAGAAGAAGACGAGCGAAGGCGACCUUUAUAGUAAUUAUUGCAAGUAUGACAAUCAAGGCUUACAACUAUUCACUUCCUCCUUGUAUCUCGCUGGACUAACAGCAACUUUCUUUGCGUCUUACACGACGAGGAAACUUGGAAGAAGGUUGACUAUGUUGAUUGUCGAAGUUUUCUUCAUCUUUGGAAUUAUUUUCAAUGCAGCUGCUCAAAACCUUGCCAUGCUCAUUGUUGGCAAGAUUCUGCUUGGUUAUGGUGUUGGUUUUGCUAAUUAG